GCUCGGCCGGGCCAGGGGCUGGCCCUCGGCGGGGGGUCGCGAAGUCCCCGGCCCCUCCUACGUCCCCUCCCUGAGCGCCGUCCCCGCCCCUCGCUCCCUCCCUCCCUCGCAGCCCCGCGCAGCCUCCCGCCGCCCGAGCACCUCUCGGCGCCGUCCCGCUCCGCCCUCGGCUGCGCUCGGCUCCCGCAGGCGCUCGGCCCUGCGCCCUCGGUCCCCUCCCCGCCGGCUGGACAGGGAGAGCCAAUGGCAGGGUCCACUGUCGCCAAGGUCCCCAUGCUGUUCCUGGUCCUUCUGCUAUUCCCAGAGCUCCAUGUAGCAGGCACCCUUGCGUCUGGAUCCUCUGCCCGGAACCUGCCUGAAUCCCAUCCCCACCUCCCCAGCUCUUCACUGUGGGUGCCUCAGACCAGCCAUCAUGGCCGACGGGGCCUGGGCAAGAAGGACAGGGGCCCAGGCAUGCCCAGCCGGGCCCAGGAGGGGACUGUGGUCACUGCCAGUAGGCAGGCUUCCGGGAUGACACUUGGUCAGCGCCCUGCCGGCCUUCUGCAGGACAAGGAUCAACUUCUGGGGCUGGCAUUGCCCUAUCCCGAGAAGGAGCCCCGGUCUUCCGGGUGGGCGAGGAUGAAGAAACGAGGCAGAGAACACAAGAGGCGCAGGGACCGGCUGCGGCUGCACCGAGGCCGAGCCGCCAUCCGUGGCCCCAGCUCCCUAAUGAAGAAGGCGGAACCCUCUGAAGACCAGCUGCUGGAGGCUGCCGCAGAAGAGUCUUCUACCAGCCUGGCCCCCACCAUGCUCUUCCUAACCACAGCAGACGCAGCCGCGCCUACCACAGAAGAGUCCCGGAUCCUGCCGGUUACCUCCCUGCGACCCCAGGCACAGCCCAGGUCUGAUGGGGACGUGAUGCCCACACUGGACAUGGCCUUAUUUGACUGGACUGACUAUGAAGACUUAAAGCCAGAGGUCUGGCCUUCUGCAAAGAAGAAAGAGAAACACUGGAGUCACUUUACCAGUGACGGUAACGAGACGUCGCCAGCUGAGAGAGAACCAUGUGACCAUCACCAGGAUUGCCUGCCAGGAACUUGCUGCGACCUCCGGGAACAUCUCUGUACGCCCCACAACCGCGGCCUCAACAACAAAUGUUUUGAUGACUGCAUGUGCAUGGAAGGGUUGCGUUGCUAUGCCAAAUUCCACCGGAACCGCAGGGUCACGCGGAGGAAGGGGCGCUGCGUGGAACCUGAGACAGCGGACGGGGACCAGGGAUCCUUCAUCAACAUCUAGCGCCGGAGUGGUGCCUCCCCACCGGCCGGGGGUCUGAGCCAGGGAGGGCUGGACAAACAAGACCGCGUUAGUAACUAGCUCCGCUUGGGGCUGAGUCGGGGAACCAAUGGCUGAGGCUGCGGAUGCAGGCCCAGUACACUCACCCCCAAGCUGGAGGACAGCUUGGCUGAGAGCAGCUGUGCCUGCCAUCCCCGGUCAGACCCACGCAGCUCAAGGAUCCUGCGCUCUGCUCUACGUGAUAGCCGUGUUGAGCGCGCCCUCUUCUGCUCGACACCAGCAUUGCAGCAGCUUCAAUUUGGAAAAUCAAGAGGUUUUGCCGGUUGGAAAGGGUUGGAAAGAGAGAGGACAAGACGGGAGUGGCUGUGGAACGCUAUGUCCCAGGCAAACGCCAAGCACUGCGUUCAUUUUUACUGAAUUUCCACAGAGACCGUGGCAAGAGGCCACUGAAGCACUGAACUGCAAGACUUGUGCAAGGUCCCGCCUCAUCCAUGAUCCUCCAUCUUUGGCCGCAGAUACACCAUGACUGUCUUCCGCCUUUCCCAACAGAGGCUUAUCAUUUUUUUUUUUUUUUUGAAAGACAGAGUCUCACUCUUUGGCCAAACUGGCCUUUGGAAACUCAGACAAUCCUCCUGCCUCAGUCUUCCAAAUGCUGGGAUUACCAGGCGUGAGUCAGCAUAUUUGGCAGGUGUAUUAUCUUUAAAAACAAAGCAUAAGGGGGUGGGGUGUGGCUGAGUUUGUAACGUGCUCGCCUCAGACUCAUGAACCCUGGGUUUCCACCCCCAAGCAUGGCGUCAAUGGCGGGAAUAGGCAGGAGGAUGAGAAGUUAAAGGUCAUCCUUAGGCUACAUAACAAUGUGAGACCAGACUACAGGAGACUGUAUCUCAAGCAAAACAAAAUAAGCCAUUUGCCUAGCCUACACAGGGCCCUGGGUUUGGUCCCCAUUCAUUCUCCUCCAUUCCCACUUCUUUCCCCUACCCCCCUACACUCGGGAGCUGCUUUCCCGUGAAGAGCGAUCCCUGUGGAUGGGUCCUUCCCUAUGUCGGGAGCUAAUCACAGUCAAGAAGUGACUGAGGGAAACUAACUUUCCUGUUGUGCCCAUGGCCCUGGUCAUCCAGCCCUGGGACACUGGGUCACUCCUUCCUAAAUUGUCCUCAGAGCUUCUACCUUGCUGGAAAGACACACAUACUUGUCACCAUAUGUUCACAGUGUUUGGUGAUUCCCAAUCUUCCCGAGUCCAUCUCUGAACCCCACCUCUUCUCUCCAGCAGCAAUGCCCCUUGGAAAGUGGGGCCACCUCGGAGACUGGUGCAGCUUUCAUGCUCACAGGCUAGAACCACGAUGAUAACCUCACUGUUAUCGUCACCACCCGGAAUAUGUGUCCCAGCAGAUCUGGUUCCAGGAGCCACCUCAGGAGAACCCUUUAGAUUCCUGUACCUGACGUCUUCCCCCUGGUCAACUUUGGCAAAGGAAAAAAGCCUUCACUGCGCCAGCCCUCCCCAGCCUGGACCACAUCCAUGGGAUGCCAGAGCUGUUGACGGCUUUGGGGUAACCAGUCUGGUCCAGGGGUCAGGCACCAAGGAAAACAGGCAGAUCUAGAAGAAAUCAAAUACGCUUGUUCUUGUUUCCCAAGUUGGGUCUGAUAGGCCUGGGAAUGGGGGGCAGGGCCAAGAUCCCGGAGGAUCAAAGUGGCAGUGGGAAAGCAAGUCCUAAUACAGAUUGAUUUUCCUUUUUGUAGUGCCAGGGCCUUGCACGUUCCAGGCAAGUGCCCUGCUACUGAACUACAUGCUAACUGGUCUGCUCUUCAAAGUCUCCAAGGCUCCCCAGGGGGCUGCCAUGGCAGCCAGGGUGAGAGCGUUGGUGCCCAGCCCUCCCACCUGCGGCAGCCGGCGGCACACCGCUGUAAACAGCCUCUUCCUCCCCUCACACUUUGCUGACCUUGGGAAAGCUGUUUUACGGUCCCUGUGCCUUGACUUUUUUCAUCUGUGAAAUGAAAAUGCCUGAUUCUUAAAACAGUGCCUGGCCCCUAACACACACACACACACACACACACACACACACACACACACACACACACACACACACCCCUAGAGUACCAGCUAACAAACUUCAGCAGGCCUUCUCUUCCACAGUGAUUCAUCACAUACCCAAUGAUGCUUUUUUUUUUUUUUUAAUGGUGUCUCACUACACAGCUCUGACUGGCCUGGAACUCACCAUGUAGACCAGGUUGGCCUGGACCUCCUCUGCCUUCCAAGCUGGGAUUAAAGGUUUGCUCCACCAUGCCCAGCUCAGGAUGCUUUCUUUGGUUGCUCCAAAAUGCACUUCACAACAGACGUAGUGGCGCGUGCCUUUAAUGUCAGCAUUUGGGAGGCAGAGGCAGGCGAAUCUCUGUGAGUUCAAGGCCAGCCUGGUCUACAGAGUGAGUUCCUGGACAGCUAGGGCUAUGUAGAGAGACCCUGCCUCAAAUAGAUAAACAAACAAAAACAAAGUGCACUUCACAAAACCAAGUCACGGCUCUGAAGAAGCAUGUGGAUUCCCAGGCUGAGGCAGAGCUGAAGGAGCAUGUGGCUGCACAGGUUUGUGAGAGUAAAAGCAAACUCUGGUGUGGAGCUAAGCAGGGGCUAGUAACUGCCUCAAGGACGCUCUGACAGAUCCCCACUGUCUCCAGAUGGGGACAUUGUCCCUGGACUCUGUCUGGCAAUAUGAAUGGUGGUUUCCAUGGCUGGUGGAGAGGGACUAAGGGGGCUAUUUCAAAGGAAAAUGACAUCAUCUGCCCUUUGAGGAGGUCCAAUUCCAAGGCCACACCCUUUCUCCUGCUGAGAUGGUGCAGAGUCCCUCCCCAGCCUCCUUCAGUCUUUCCCAGACUCCCUCUGCAGCUGCUGACAAUGAGCAUCUAUGUAACCUGCAAGGAGCAUGUCUAGGAAGUAAGGAACCAGGAGCUCUGGGUGCCGGGAAAGUGGGGUCUGGAGAGGCCAACAGCUGAGGCUCCUUUGAAGGUUCUGGGGGCUGGACUACAUUAAUCCUGGCCCUCCAUGGCAGACUUCAUGCUCACAGACCAUAGUGAGUGUGUGCUUACAGGCCAUAGAUAUUGUGUGCACACAGAAAAGGGGUGGUCAGGGUGAGCAGGCUGCAUACAGAACAAGGGGUUACCCUGCAGGGAGUGGGUUUCCAAAUCCCCCGGAGAGCAGGUGAUCUGGGGCAGAUCUAUGGUCGAACCACCCCUGGUUGUGAAGGCCGAGCAUCACUUGGGAGUCUGGUAGAAGCACAGAACCUUGGGCUUCACUCCACACCUACUAAACUGUAGUCACAGGAGUGGCCCCCGGCAUCUGGCUUCUAACACAUUCUUCAGGGUACUCAUGGGUGUGAUGGGUGUGAGGGCCACAGACGGAAGGCUGAUGCUGGCGGAGGGACAUUUGGACAGUUCAGCACUCUUGCAUUCACUAUGGCUUGGCGACUCUGAGGUCUGUUUCCUGGCAACUUACCAACAAGGACAAACUCCACAUUCCAAGGCCUGCCUCCUGAGCUGUCAUUGGCUCUGCUUAGAAGACACCAGGUAGGGCUCCUAGGCCUGGAGCCUCCAUCAUUGGACUUUUGUACUCUUGGGAAAUUCCUUGGAGGGUUGUAGCUCCUCCUUGAAGUGUGGGAGUGACUAGGGAGGGGUACUAUGCGUUGGUUUAUUGACGCCAUAUUGCAUGUAUUCUCUGAGCUGUAAAUAAAGGGGUGACCAUUGCUAAGCGA